UGAUCUCUUCUCGAUGAUUGGAAUUUUGUGAUUUUCGUGUCUUUUGUGCUUAAUGAAGUGAUGAUCAUAAGAGAUUCACAGUUCACAGAAGAGGAGAGUAAUAAAGCUGUUUCCUCAACUGGGAACUAUGGAAAGAAAUAUGUUGGAGGAGGUAAAGAGUUUGAGAGAUGGCGACCACACACGAAGCAAUAGACCAAAAUCAAGCCCCAAGAAGAAUGUUGUUGAUCCUCAAGGGCCUUUUCUUCUAAUGUGGAACAAAAUGUUUGUUAUUUCUUGUACGAUUUCCUUAUUCCUGGAUCCGCUUUUCUUCUACGCACCAGUGGUUGAUGCCAAGAACCUAUGUCUAUCCAUGGACGAGAAACUGAAGAUCACUGCCUGUGUUCUUCGCUCAUUCCUUGACAUUUUCUACGUAUUUCAUAUUGUUUUGCAGUUUCGUACUGGAUUCAUUGCCCCUUCUUCUCGAGUAUUUGGAAGGGGCGAGCUGAUCGAGGAUCGUAGAGCGAUAGCCAAACGAUAUCUCUCGUCCUACUUCAUCGUAGACAUUUUGUCAAUUCUUCCUCUACCUCAGGUAGUCAUUCUGAUUGUAAAUGCUCCAAUUUCUCUACCCACAAAUGACCUCCUGAAGAUGGUUAUUUUGGCGCAAUACAUCCCAAGAUCUCUUCGGAUUUAUCCCUUAUCCAAGGAGGUCACAGCUUCAGGCGCAGUAUUUGCUGACACGGCCUGGCCUGCAGCCGCUUACAAUCUCCUUCAAUGCAUCCUUGCCAGUCAUGUGUUUGGAGCACUGUGGUACGUGAUCGCGAUAGAACGCAAGGAGAGAUGUUGGCGGAUGGCAUGUAGUGAUCAUAAUGGUUGUAAGUUAGAGGAUCUUUAUUGCGGGGUGGGCCGUGGAGACACUUCAUUUCUGAAUUCUUCAUGUCCGCUUCUUGAGCCUGACCAGAUAAUGAGCCCUGCAGACUUUGACUUCGGCAUGUUUCUUUAUGCUCUUAAGUCUCAUGUGGUUGAACAAACAGACUUCACUAGGAAAUUCUUCAAUUGCUUUUGGUGGGGCUGGCGAAAUUUGAGUUCAUUGGGUCAGAAUCUGAAUACAAGCAAUUCUGUAGGAGAAAUUAUUUUUGCCCUCUUCAUCUCCAUCACUGGGCUGGUUCUGGUUGCGUCUGUCAUCAGCAGCAGCAUACAGAAAUUUGUACAGUCCGUCGCUGGUAGGCUAGAAGAGGCGAGAAUGAGACGUCAGGAUAUUGAGCAAUGGAUGUCCCACCGCAUGCUUCCUCAGGACUUGAGGGCUCGUAUAAGACGAUACGAACAGUACAAAUGGCAAGAGAAAAGAGGCGUCGAGGAACAAUCCUUGAUCAGUAACUUUCCUAAGGAUUUGAGGAGGGACAUCAAGCGCCAUCUCUGCUGGACUUUAUUAACAAGAGUGCCGGUUUUUGAGAGAAUGGACGAACAGUUGUUGGAUGCAAUGUGUUCUUGUCUAAAGCCCGUUCUCUACACGGAGAACAGCUUUAUUUUUCACGAGGGAGAUCAUGUUGAUGAGAUGCUAUUCAUAAUGAAAGGUAACAUAUUGACUAUGACAACAAAUCGUGGCGGAACCAGUUUCUUCAACUCGGUAUAUCUCACAGCUGGAGACUUCUGUGGGGAAGAACUUGUGACAUGGGCUCUCGACCCCAACUCUUGUUCCAGCCUUCCUAUCUCGACCAGAACCGUGCAGGCUGUCAAAGACGUUGAGGCUUUCUGUUUAACGCCGGAUGACUUGAAAUCUGUCAUGUCCCAGUUUAAACAUCUACACAGCAAGCAGCUUCAGCACACUUAUAGGUUCUAUUCCCAGCAGUGGAGGACAUGGGGUGCCUGCUUUAUACAAGCAGCAUGGCGUCAGCAUUACAAAAGGAAGAUUGCAAAGUUGCUGCAAGAAGCAGAAGAUACACUGCAGAAUCCGUUGUCCAAGGAAGGAUCGGGUAGUUUGCCAAGCCUUGCUGCAACCGUUUACGCAUCAAGAUUUGCCACCAAUAUGCUAGGAAACUUGCGAUGUAAUCAUCCACGUAACAUAAUUUCAUCUCCAAGAUUACCACCUCUACUGUUUCAGAAGCCAGCUGAGCCUGAUUUUAGUGCAGGAAAUCCUUCAUAGAAAUCGGUGAUUGUUAGAAUAGUUACUGGAGGCCGCUAAAAUAAGAGUAGUCUACCUCUUGAUUUUAUGCCUCCCAUUUAUAAUUACCAUGCUUGUGUUUACCUCUUCGUACAUAAAAAUCCAAUCGAGUUUAUUCCCACCUUCGUAAAUUUACUCUGACUAGGCAAGUCUUAUGUUGUCCUAUCCACAGACAGAUACAACUUCCACAUGUACACUUUUGGUACAGGCGCAAGACAAGCAAGUUCAUUCCAAAGUUUUGUUAAUUUUGUAAGAUAGGCAGUGAGUGAUAGAUCCUUUUGCAAAACUGAACAAAUAUAUCUCUGUAUUUUGAAACACCAUAGGGCCAUUACUACAGCCAUAUCUGGUCUGUAUUGCAAGCCACAACUCUUGUGAAGACGCACAGCACAUAAAGGCUUCUACGAUAUCUUUUGAGAUGGAAUUCCAGAUCCAUGAUGUCACCAUUAAGUCUACACAUCUCCAUUCCUCAAAUUCGGUGAACCACCGGCAGGUCGUGGAGAAGUUCCAUCUAUGAAGCCGAGCUUCAUCUUCGUGCCAAGAGAUACAUAGACAACACGACUCUAUUGCCAAAUGAGGGAGAAGUCAUCAAUGCACAACAAAUUAAUGUUUAAUGAUUUGAUCAUGUGUGUCUUGUUUGAGCUUCGAUUUCAGGCAGCAUUAAGCCCCAGUUUAAUUAUUACCAUAGGAUCAUAGUGUUGCUGCUGCUCCUCCAUCAGUUUCAUUUGGAUAUUUUGAAUCAUUCAUUUAGGACACUUUAUAACAUCUUAUCAAAA